AUGGGUUCGACAUCAUACAACUGGCAGGCGGAAAAGACCAAAGUAGGAGACCGUAUUUCUUUCCUCUAUAACAAUGAAAUUCUUAGCGAUGUGUACUUUCUGGUCGGCAAAGGCCCCCAGAGAAGACGAAUUCCCGCUCACAAGUUUGUUCUUUCGAUUGGAAGCGCUGUUUUUGAUGCGAUGUUUAACGGAGGAAUCGCAACUCAAUCCGACGAAGUCGAACUACCAGAUGUAGAACCAUCCGCAUUUAUGGCCCUUCUUCGUUUUCUCUACACGGACGAGGUCCAAAUCGGCCCUGAAACAGUCAUGACAACACUUUACACAGCCAAAAAAUACGCUAUUCCUACUCUCGAAAAAGCUUGUGUGGAUUUUUUAAAGAAAAAUCUAGCGCCUGACAAUGCCUUCAUGUUACUAAGCCAAGCAAGAUUGUUCGACGAGCCUCAACUAGCCGCCCUGUGUUUAGAAUGCAUUGACAAAAAUACCGUUGAGGCAGUGAACGCAGAAGGAUUUCCAGAUAUAGACUAUGAUACACUUUAUGUGGUACUACAAAGGGAUACAUUAGCCAUAAGGGAAAGUCAGUUGUUCACUGCUGUAGCACGCUGGGCUGAGCACGAAUGCCUGAGAAGAAGAAUUCCUAGCAAUGCCGAAAACAAACGCACUGCACUAGCCAAGGCGUUGUACCAGAUCCGGUUCCCGCUGAUGACUGUUGAAGAAUUUGCAUCAUGUGCAGCACAAUCUAAUAUUCUAACAGACAAAGAAGUUGUCUCUCUUUUCCUCCACUUCACAGUCAACCCUAAACCUCAAGUCCACUUCCUGGACAAGCCGAGAUGCUGCCUGACAGGCAAAGAGAAGGUCAUUAAUCGCUUCGCCAAGGUGGAGAGCCGCUGGGGUUACAGUGGCACCAGUGACCGUAUUCGGUUCAGCUGCAGUCGCAGGAUUUUUGUAGUAGGGCUUGGGCUUUAUGGCUCAAUGUACGGCCCAAGCGAUUACCAAGUCACAGUGCAGUUGAUUCAGACAGACACUAAUGAGAUUCUUGCCCAUAACGAGACAGCUUUUAAUAGUGAUGGGAAUGACUCGGUUUUUCGAGUCAUGUUUAAAGAACCAGUUGAGACUAAGCCAAAUGUGAGUUACACUGCGAGCGCAACACUCAGGGGGCCUGAUUCGCAUUAUGGGACAUCUGGUCAGAAAAAGGUUGUGUAUGACUUAGAUGGGAAGGAAAAAUUAACAUUUAACUUCUCCUAUGCAACAGGAAAUAAUAAUGGGACAUCAGUGGAAGAUGGACAGAUACCAGAGAUAAUAUUCUAUACAUAGCAUCAAUUAUAAAACAGAAUUGAGUGUUUUAUACCUGAACCAGAAAGCCUGUUCUGUAUUUUCCUGUUACUCUGAUGAAUAGAUACAGUAAAGGUUAAGUAAUUGAAAAUUAAUCAGAAAAAAAAGGAAUGUCUGAGAAAAGAAAUCCUGUGAUUCCAAAAUGUUUUUCAAGAAAGCCACCAUCCAAUCUCUCAAAAUGAGUGACACUUCAAAAGAUAUCUAAAACAUAUUAUUGUACAAAAGCUAUUGAACUACAGUACUUAAUGGUUAGUUUCUAAUAUUACUUAGUCUUCUUGUGUAGUGACAAACUAAAAACUUUAGACUGGUUAGGAACCUAAACAAACGCCCUGAUUUGAGAUGUGCUUUGGUUUAGUAACAGAAUUUCAUAAAGUUUUUGCCAAGUGCCAUAGGAAAGCUGAUAUGCAGGGAGGCUGGCGUCUUUGUGAUCUUAUUGGAGCUUAUUCCAAUGUGUGGAGUUGAGAAUCUAAUAAAUGUGACCUAUUAUAGAAAUAAAGAUUCUAAAGAGAGA